GCCGCUUGUGCUCGAGCGCAGUCACUGACGGUAGCUCUGAAGCUAACGAUGGUGAACGUAAAGAAACGGAAAGGUCGCGUCGUCAUCGAUUCCGACUCGGAAGACAGCGCGAGCGAUGACAACUUGGAUCAGGAACUGCUGAGUUUGGCCAAGAGGAAGCGUGUGGACUCUGAAGAACCAGAGGAACCCGUCAGCAAACCUGCAGCAUCUACAGACUCUGAGACGUCCGACAGUGACGAUGAGUGGACCGUCGGAGGCACCAAAACCAAGAAGAAGGCGAAGCCCGGUAAAGGGGCGGAAAAGAAGAACCCCACGAAAAAAAAAGUGAACAAAGCUGCUUCUUCUGGGAGCUCGGAUGGAGACAGUUCAGCUGAGAGCUCUGCACCUGAGGAAGGCGAGGUGUCCGACUCUGAGAGCAACAGCUCAUCCUCCAGCUCAGAUUCCGACUCGUCCUCGGAGGAUGAAGUGUUCCGUGACGGAUACGGAGACGAUCUGAUGGGAGACGAGGAGGACCGGGCGCGGCUGGAGCAGAUGACCGAGAAGGAGAGAGAGCAGGAACUGUUUAACCGUAUUGAGAAGAGAGAGGUGCUUAAACGCAGGUUUGAAAUCAAGCAGAAACUAAAGACGGAAAAGAAAAAGGUUAAAGAGGAGAAGAAGAAGAAGAAGCAAGAGGAAGAGCAGGAGAAGAAAAAACAGAUUCAGGUUACAGACACUCAGGUGGUGAUGUCCCAUAAUAAAGAGAGGAGGUCAAAGAGAGACGAGAAGCUGGACAAGAAGUCUCAGGCCAUGGAGGAGCUGAAAGCCGAGCGAGAGAAGAAGAAGAACAGAACAGCCGAGCUUCUGACCAAACGACAGCCGCUGAAGGCCAGCGACGUUUACUCCGACGAUGAGGAGGAGGAAGAGGAAGACGACGACAAGUCCUCGGUGAAGAGCGACCGCAGCUCGAGGUUGUCAUCCUCCGAUGAUGAAGAGGAGAAAGAGGCCACGCCCCCUAAGUCUCAGCCCGUUUCGUUGCCGGAGGAACUGAACCGCAUCCGUCUGUCACGGCACAAGCUGGAGCGCUGGUGUCACAUGCCCUUCUUUGCAAAAACCGUCACCGGCUGCUUCGUCCGCAUCGGCAUCGGGAACUGCAGCAGUAAACCUGUGUACAGGGUGGCCGAGAUCGUAGAUGUGGUGGAAACGGCGAAGGUCUACCAGCUCGGCUCCACACGGACGAACAAGGGGCUGCAGUUACGCCAUGGCAACGACACCCGAGUGUUCCGGCUGGAGUUUGUGUCCAAUCAGGAAUUUACAGAGAGCGAGUUUAUGAAAUGGAGAGAAGCAAUGAACGGUGCAGGAAUGCAGAUUCCCACCCUGGACGAGAUCGCUAAAAAAGAGCAGUCUAUUAAAGAAGCCGUUAACUACAAAUUCAACGACAAAGACAUCGAGGAUAUAGUGAAGGAGAAGGACAGAUUUCGAAAGGCACCGCCAAACUACGCCAUGAAGAAAACACAGCUCCUGAAAGAAAAGGCAAUGGCAGAGGAUAGCGGUGAUGGCGAUAAGGUGAAGAUGUUGCAGGAUCAGUUGAAUGAGCUGGAGGAGAGAGCUGAAGCAUUAGACAGGCAGAGAACUAAAAAUAUUUCUGCCAUCAGUUACAUCAACCAGAGGAACCGCAGCUGGAACAUUGUGGAGUCGGAGAAAGCUUUAGUGGCUGAGGGUCAGAACUCCAAAAACCAGCAGAUGGACCCUUUCACCAGACGGCAGUGUAAACCCACUAUGGUGUCCAACGCCAGAGACCCAUCAGUCCACGCUGCUAUUCUCGCUCACCUUAAUCAGAAGUACGGUUCGGGUUCCGGUCAGGACAACUCACAGCAGGUCAACAAACAGCAGGGUCCGGGGAACCAGAGGGAUAAAGACAUCACAAAAACCACCAGCGACCUCUCAGAGGACCUGUUCAAAGUUCAUGACUUCGAUGUCAAAAUUGAUCUGCAGGUCCCCAGUGCUGAGACAAAGUCCCUGUCUGUGAGCUCCAAUUCCCUGCCGGUGAAGGACGGGGCUCCUCGCCGCUCCCUCAACCUUGAAGACUACAAAAAGAGGAGAGGCCUCAUCUGACACUCCUGUCUUCCACCAGCUUUCCUUCCAUUAUUACACCCGCGUGUGCAACUGCACCAGGGAGCCUGAGGCUGUCCUCUCUCUCUCUCUCUCUCUCUCUCUCUCUCUCUCACUUGCUCGCUCCUCGUCCCCUGUGUGUGUGUGUGUGUGUGUGUUUGUGUGAGAGAGAGAGUUGGAGAGUGAAUGCAAGUGUGUAAACAUGUAAACCUUUGUGAGUGAGUGUGUGUGUGUGUGUGUGCGCGCGCAUGACUGUAGUGUGAGACAUCCAUCCUAUGCGAGACUACAAACUCCUUGUGCAGUUUGUGUGCACAAGUCUUCUAAAAUUAAAUUAAUGCGAAAAUCCCAUGAAAUGUGGCGGCUUUUUUGUUUACUCUGCGUAGUAUUUUUUCUCUCCCCAUAAUUGUACUUUAUAGGAAAGAAUUUGUCCACUGGUUAAUUUAUACUCUGCUUUCUUCCAUUUUUUUUUAAAAUGUCAAAAUGUUUAUCCAAAUUCUGACACUGCUAUAUAAAUGUUAGACAGUAAUGUUGGGGAUUUUUAUGAACCGUUUUUCUUCCAGCUGAAACUUUGUAAUCCGACUGUGUGUGUGUGUGUGUGUGCGUGUGCGCGUACGUACGUAUGAGUAUACAAUUUUUUUUUUUGAUUAGGUUUCAAUCCUGGUGUUUUACUGAGAACAAAUGUACGAGACUAAUGACGUCACUCCUGUAAUGGACAGAAUCUCUUCACUUGUAUAAAGUACCUUUCCUCAGUGGACGUAAUCUUUAUUUUUUUUUUUUUUGUCCCUUUUUUUCUCCCUUGUAUUUCAACGAUCUUCUUUAAAGAACUGAUUGAUAUGUGACCUCUUAUUGGUUAUUACUUCUGUCUUCUGGUCAGUUCUUGUAUUCAUGUGGCAUGCUUUGUAAAUAAGAUGCUUUGGCCAUUUGGGAUGAGUGCGCAACAAUAAAGAAGCACUGUUUCGUA